GGAGAAAGAAAGAAAGAAUAAAAACUCAACCCUCAAACUCAUUUCAAUCAAAAGGCGUUUCUUUCUUCCAGUUAUCCACUCUCUGUAAGGGUUAUCUUCCGAAAAUUAGGGUUUUUCGUAUUUUUCAGAAAUUUUGAGAGCAACUCCAUCAUGAGUUCUGAGUCCACCAUGAACGCUUCUGCUCCUGCAUUGCCUAAGGAUUUCGGCAAGAAAAAAAGGGGUAAUAGGUUGGCAAAAUUGAAGCAGUGUAAGCUUGAUGCAAAGCGUGAGCAAUGGCUAUCUCAAGGGAAAAAUAAGGGUAAAAAUGGGACUCUGCCAUCUCCCGUUAUCAAUCAGAAUCAUGAAAAGGAAGAGACUCCAUCAAAGAAUUCUGAAACUAGGUCAAGAGGUGGGGAAGAUUCCAGUUUGCAUGAUAGUGAUUUGGAGUUUCUGACUUAUAGUCCAACAAAUAGUAGUGUUUCAGGAAGUAAAGAUUCAAGGAAGAAUCUUCACAUUGGAGGAAGUAGCAGCAGCAGCAGUAGUUGCGGAAGUUGUUCGGUCAGCGUUAGUGAUGAAGAAGAUGUUCGAGGUGAAGAUGAUGAUGAUGGAUGUCUUGAUGAUUGGGAAGCUAUAGCGGAUGCGUUGACAGCUGAGGAUCUUAAGGUUCAAAACCCUAGUUUGGAAUUACCUUCCGGAUCUGCUGAUGAUCUUGGUAAGGAGGGUCGAGUUGGUGCUCUGAAACCAGAUUGUAGCAAGAAGAUAGGUCAGAAAGUGGUUACGAAUUGUCGUGCAUGGAGACCUGAUGAUGUUUUUCGUCCUCAGAGUUUACCCAAUCUCGCGAAGCAGUAUAGUUUCCCUAUGAACUCGGAAAGGCACUUUGGUCGUGGAGGUAUGAAUCAGGGUUGUCAUGGUAUAAGUUCACAGCCUUCGUCCUGCCCCAUUUGUUAUGAAGAUCUGGAUCUUACGGACACGAGUUUUCUUCCCUGUUUGUGUGGAUUUCACCUUUGCCUUUUCUGUCAUAAGAGGAUUUUGGAAGCGGAUGGACGUUGCCCUGGUUGUAGGAAGCAGUAUGAUUCUGGAAACGGAGAGAAUGGUAUUGGUGGUGGAGCUCAAAAGUUCCGCUUGGCUCGUUCUUGUAGCAUGACAGGAGCUUAGGAAGAGACUCAUUUUGUUGUUGGCGGUUUUCGGAAACAUAUGCGAGGUUCAUCUCUGCUUUUGUGGGCGUGUUUUAUGCAUUAUCAUCAGUUAUUAGAUCUUGAAUUCUGGUUGAGAUAGAUGUGAAUAUAGGGUUUAGACUAGAGAUAGGCGAUCGUUUUGCAACCUAUAUAGUGUUGAUGUAGAGGAAUUAAGUGGGUGUGUUGAUAGAUAAAGUGGUAUAACCAUAGGUACUUCAAAUACUUCAAAAUUUACGAAUAUAUUUCAUAUCCUUUCUUGUUUUUUGUUAUUUUAAGAUGUUUUUGAUUUUGUGACUUCAUUUAACCUGUUUGCAAAUUGUGGUGUUG